AAUCCCAUCUAAUAAUCACAACCUCCCAUCACUCAUAAAACCCAUUUAAGCAAAAAAACAAACUCACCUCACCUCUCUUCCCUCAACUACCUUAACCAACCCAAAAGCCCCAAACUCUCCUCCCCCAACAAAACAAUCUCAAUACUUCAUUCAUAUAUAUUAAAAAAUCCAAAAACAAAACCGCUUUUCAGCUUCCCAAACCCCCCCAGCCCCCCCAAAAAUAAAAAAAAAAACAAAAAAACACAUAAAUAAAAAAAAGUCUCUCAUCUGUUUUCAGCAUUUUCAGGAAUCCGAAUUCCUCAGAUUUCAAAAUCACUACCCACAAAACAAAUGUGGCGGUCGUGGGGCAAAUCAACGGUUAAGAUUCACGACACGUCAUCAUCUCCAUCCACCCACUUCGCUUGCUCUUCCUUCAAAGACCUACCUGACCUCUGCUUAGACGACGACGACGAGGAGUCCGACUCCCCUUCCUCUUCCUCUCAAUUAUCCACCCCAAAAAAACCUUUACCUUCCAUUUUCCACCGAGUCCGACUCGCCAGCUCGCUCCUCCGCUCCUGGUCAACUCGCCCACCCGAGUCCGUUUUCAAUGGCCAAUCUGGGCCGUCGAUUUCAUUCCCUGGCGCAGAGAAACGAAUCGUAUUGUACUUCACCAGCCUCCGCGUGGUCCGGCGCACGUUCGAGGACUGCAAAGCCGUCCGAUCUAUUCUCCGAGGGUUUCGCGUCUCGAUCGACGAACGAGAUCUAUCCAUGGAUUCCGGGUUCCUAAGCGAGUUACAGCAGAUCCUCGGUCGAAGAAAGUUGACGUUACCGAGGGUUUUCAUCGGCGGUAGGUACGUCGGAGGCGCGGACGAGAUUCGCCAACUUCACGAAACCGGCGAGCUCAAGAAAAUCGUACAAGGCUUGCCUGCAGUGGAACCUGGCGUCUGUGACACGUGUGGCGGUUAUUGUUUUAUUCUCUGUGACGAGUGCCACGGUAGCCAUAAGCUGUACAACGACAAAACUGGCUUCAUGUGUUGUAUCGCGUGCAACGAGAACGGUCUCAUCAGAUCAGAAUCAUUUGUGAUAGUCAUCAAUUUCAUCUGAGAAUUAUAAAAUUCCAGCGCCGCCUUACGUGUAAUAUUACGGAGGCUUUGAAUACUGGCCUAUUGGGCACAUGGGCGUGUUAAAAGUCCUGCUGAUUUCUGGUUUGGCAGAGAGUAUGACAAUGCAGAAGGUGAACGUGGAAUUGAUUGAGUGAACCCCUUCGUCUUUGCCACUUUCUUUUUGUCUGAAUUCUGACUUGACCUCAGAGAUUGGUGGAGAUAAGGGUGGGUUUUCUUUAACCGAAAUUAUGAAAUACGUUUUUAAUUUUUGGCAUGGGAACUAUAGAAAUGUUUGUUCUUUUGAUAAUGCAUAAUGUUAGCAUAUUGAAAACUUUUCAUAAAAAAGUUGCAUGUUAAUACACAGUGUUCCUUUUUUUAGUUGCUAAA